GUGUAGGCCGAUGACGAGACGCGACCCCCUGCUGCGCUUGUAUCUCCAGGCGAGUCUACGGUGUCCUCCGUCGGUCCCUCCCGCCAGCGUGACUCGCGCCGAGGAGACGCCCCCCGCGACAUGGCAGCCCCUUAGGACCCUGGAACGCGCGGUCAUGCAGCAGGCGUUGGGCUCCAGACCCGCUGAAGGCCUCAGCAGCGUAGGGGGGGGGCUGUCGCUGGGCUGCUCCCGAUGUGCGGGGAGGGACCGCCCCGGGACCCUGGCCUCGCUGCGGACCACCAUGAAGCCCCUCCCCCAGCGCCCCCCCGGUGCCCCCCCCCUGGGGCCCAGCGGGGGGCGACGGUCUCCCCCCAGGAGGCGCCGGACCAGGAGCGCCGGCGUGGGCCCCAAGGACGAGGAGGAGGAGGUGGUGGAGGAGGAGGAUGCCAGGAAAAAUGCGGAAGGUCUGAGACGGAUCCUCUUCCUCAGUCUACCCAGUCCGCCUCACCCAAGACCACCCACCGACCCGGGUCCAGACCCAAGAUCCCCCACAGACCCGGGUCCAGACCCAAGACCCCCCACAGACCCGGGUCCAGACCCAAGACCCCCCACAGACCCGGGUCCAGACCCAAGGCCACCCACAGACCCGGGUCCAGACCAAAGACCAGCGCCUGGAGGUGGGUCAGACCCAGACCCUAGACCAGCGCCUGGAGGUGGGUUAGACCCAGACCCUAGACCAGCGCCAGGAGGUGGGUCAGACCCGGACCCUAGACCAGCGCCAGGAGGUGGGUCAGACCCAGGGGGUCCAGGGCCGUCUGUGGAGUUUGGAGGAAGGGAUGUUCGGACCGAUGUCUCCCGGUGGGCGGGGCUGGAGGCGGUGGUGCGUGGCCGGCUCGCCGUGCUGCUGCACGCGGCCGACGGCAGCAUGCAGCGCCGGCUAGCACGUGUCAGCUGGGAGCUAGCCCGCACGGACACGGAGCUGCUGUGUGAGCGCGCUCACUGGCGCCACCUGGCCCGCGAGCGGCAGGAGGCGGCGGAGCGGCAGCGCGCGCUGAGCCGCCAGGUGGACGUGGCCGUCAGCGUGAUCGCCGCCCUGAGGGAGCAGCUCAACGUCUCGGAGGACCGGCUGGAGCAGCGCGAGAGAGAGGCGCUGAGCAUUCAGAGCUUUUUGGCGGCGGCGGCGCGGCAGGAGGCCAGCGGGAGGCUCCGCCUCCAGCGCUUCAUCGAGGCGCUGCUGGAGCGGAUCGCCCUCGCAGAGCGGCGGGUCCGGUCCUACCAGGGGGAGGAGCACGCCGACUGCCAGAGGAACCGCCCCCCCACACAGCAGCUCGCUGAGCAAGCUCGCCACAGGAUGUCCAAGAGCAGGUCAGCAGGGGGUCAACCAUACUCUGGUUUCCAUGACAACAGGAGCUCCUCCUCUUCUUCCAGGCCCAGCCUGGACCAGGACCUGGACCAAGACCAGGACCCGGGGUGGGUCUGGGAGCCCAGACAGCGCUGCAGGUCCCUGGGCUACGAUGUCUAGAGCGGACCUCCUCCUCCAGGAGACUGGCUAGGACCUGGACCUGGACCUGGACCUGGACCUGGAUCUGGACCUGGACCUGGACCUGGACCUGGACCUCCACCGCUAGAGACCCUCACAAGCACCAGAACUAGAACAUUAUAACACAACAAUACACACAACGCCACUAGAACCAUUAGAACCACAACAACAAUAUAACCCAACAACAAACCCCACACAAGGAGAACAGCAUUAUAGAACAACACAACAACAAUAGAAUAUAAUCUAACAAUGGUAUAGCAAAACACAACACAAUAACACAACAUAACUACACAUACAUACAUGAUAAUAACACAAGAGCAGUAUAUAACACAAGAUCACUAUAUCAACACAAUGAGACCACGCAACGUCACCUAAACCCUUAGCCUUGUUACACAACCGGUUACUAACGGUUACUGUCUUCUGAAUGUAGCCCCGGGGUCCUGCUUUAACUUUUGACCUUUGACCUUUAACCUCUGGACUAUGGCUCUGGGUGAUGGAGUCUGCUGAUCACUGCUACACACACACACACACACACACACACACACACACACACACACACACACACACACACACACCUGUACGUAGUAUACUGCCCAUCGGCCCGGUCUCUGGGGUUAUACGUAUCUCUGCUGUAAAUGGUUCUGGGUUUUUAACUGUUAGUAUAUUUUGUAAAUUCUGUGUCCAGAACUUGUGGUAGGAGAACAUUUAAACUGAUAAUUAAUAAAAGAAGGUAUAUUAAUUGUGUGUGUGUGUGUGUGCGUGCGUGUGUGUGUGCAUGUAUGUGCGUGUUUGUGCUAGCUAUAAAAGGUGUUUUAGGCAUAGCAUCAGGGCUAAUUCAGCGCUCAAGGGAGUCUGGCAGCAGAUGUCUCAGAGCGGCACGAAGCAGCACAUAGAAAACACAGACUUCCUGGUGGUUCAGUAACGUUAUGACGUCACGUGGUAGAGUCAUGUGAUGACGUCAAGGUGGUAGAGUAAGUUGAUGACGUCACGGUGGUAGAGUAAGGUGAUUACAUCGUGUUGGUAGAGUAAAGUUAGGACGUCAUGGUGUAGAGAAACGUUAUUAUGGUACAGUUACGUUUUGACAUCACGGUGGGAUGUUACGUUAUGACGUCACUGCGGUAGACUUAAGUUAUGACGUCAAGGUGUUAGUUUCCUAUGUUCUGUUUGUAGAGCUCGUUAGAGGAACACUCUGUAUAGCACUGUACUGUGAAGAUCUGAAUUAAACAUGUAUCCAACAUCUCCUCUUGAAGGUCUUUCUGCUACCGGAAAUACAAAUGUAACUUCUGUUCCGGUCUGGGUAAGGUGGAUCCAAGAAAGAGGCAGCAGGCAGCGAGGAGUUUGGAAAACCAAAUACUUCUUUACUGAAGUGAGUACAAACGCAGUACAAACAACAUGCCCUUUCCAUGAGAAAAAAAGGUGUAUUGCAACAUUCAGAGUAAUACUACUUUCUAAAUCAGAACUAAUAUACCUGAAACAUAAAUACGUACCGGUUUGGAUUUCAUAACUGAACCAGAAAGAGUUACGUAGCCUAUAUUGUGUAAGUUUGCGCAUUCACAGAUGUGUGUUGCUAGCGCAGGGAAGAACAUGUAGACAUAAAUGCAGAAUGCAGCUACCGAUAUUAAAUUAAAAAAAUCAGACAUGAAGCAAAAAGUUCAAGGCUGCAAUAUGAAAAAAUAAAAGGGCUUUAUUAAUUACCAACACACGACACGUAUUUGUCUCAAUGUCUAUAUAAGGACCUAAAGAUCAUUGUUGUUAUUGUUUAAUCACAUACUGAGGCUGUUCUGCUGGAUAAGGUCAUCCAUUUUAUCAACAGUUCAUCUCCAUUUAUUAGAGAACCGCCUACACAUGAGGACCUAUUUUAUGAAAUGGUUUACUUGGCUGCACCAACACAAAUGGUUCCGCGACUGGACUGUUGCCAAGCAACACAUACACAUGUCCUUCGCACUAUCUUGCUGCUCGGCACCAUGGGACGUCUCCCCAGUGACGAGUCUUUUAACGCUGCGGUGAUGCGUUCCCGGCGAUCGGAAGCACCUAAGACCAGAGGGAUAGUGAUACACUGGCAGCGCGGAGGGAUACAAGAGUAAUACACCUGCAGAGCGGAGGGAUACAAGAGACAAACACCUGCAGAGCGGAGGGAUACAGGAGUGAUCCGCCUGUAGUUAGAUCCCCAGACUUAUACUCUAGAUCAAGAUCAGUGCUCAUGGAAUGCCUCGUGUCCGAUCAAAUUGCUUGAUCGGAAAUAAUUGAUUU